UUUUGCAUUCCUACAAUAACUCUUACCUUUAUCUUCUUUUCAUUUUUCAAUAGUAUAUCGCAGAAAUACAGUACAGCAUCUUCAGUUAUACUCUUUCGCCAUUUUAUCACUCAACACCACCCCUGUAAUAUAAUAAUAAUAACAAUAUAAUCUUCUUCACAGAUCCCAAUCUCACAUCUUUUUAAUUUAUGUUAAUCGAUAUAAUUCAAUUCUCUGGAUUGAAGAAGAAGAAGAACAGGAGCAGCUAAGGAUGUCCGGAAUAUGGAGAUGGAGAAAUCUAAGACACUCACCGGUUACAAGGAGGAGGAGAACAACAACGACAACGGCGAUUACGAGGACAAUAACCUCAAUUCAACAAGAGGAACAACAACAGCAGCAUCGAAGUUACGUGAAUUGGCUGCACGUGGGUUCUCACGUGAAGCGGAGAGAGUCUCUCAUCGGAGUACAAGCAAGGUACAAGUGGGACCGGGGCGGUUCUUCCGAUGAGUAUCGGACUUCCACGAGAAGGAUUAGGGCGGAGGCUUAUUGUCCUCGUUGCUCUAAACACAUGGAUCUUCUAUUUACUAAUCGUAAUCACCACCUCAUCCCUCCUCCUACUAACGACGAUGAUAAAAAUAAUAAUAGCAAUGAAAAUAGUGCUGCUGCUGCUAGUGGUCCUUACCAGGCCGUGAAUCUUUGCCCCAAUUGUAAAACGGCUUACUACUUCAGGCCCAACAAGAUGGCACCACUUCAAGGUAGUUUCUUUGAAAUUGGGAGAGUGAAAGGCAAUGGUAAUGGUAAAAGAAUGAAUAAUAGUGAUGAAGAGAAUAAGAGGCCGAGGCCUUCUUUUUGGGAGUCAUUGAAAUCAUACGGUGGUGAGCCACCUGAAAAUUGGCCACCACCUCCGCCACCGGGUAAUGGGCUGGCGGUGCAUACACCUCCAGGCCCACCAUUUGCACCUGGACUCAAUCUGAUUCGGGCUGCUGGACCUGAUGGUAAAAAUGGUGGCGCGGAUGAAAGUAGCGAGGAGAAGAGUGGGUGGGGCGGGUCUAAUUUGGGGAAGAAUUUGCCAACGCCAAAGGAGAUAUGCAAGGGACUUGAUAAAUUUGUCAUAGGUCAAGAGCGUGCAAAAAAGGUGCUUUCAGUGGGUGUUUAUAAUCACUACAAAAGGAUUUACCAUGCUUCAUUGCAGAAAGGGUCUGGAGCAGAAUCAGCGAGGGAUGAUAGUGAAGAAAAUGUGGAACUGGAAAAAAGCAAUGUGCUUUUGAUGGGGCCUACUGGAUCAGGGAAAACACUACUUGCAAAAACACUUGCACGCUUUGUGAAUGUGCCUUUUGUUAUUGCAGAUGCAACAACCUUAACACAGGCUGGAUAUGUUGGUGAAGAUGUCGAAUCCAUAUUGUACAAGUUACUUACGGUUGCUGAAUUUAAUGUGCAAGCAGCACAACAAGGGAUGAUCUACAUUGAUGAAGUCGAUAAGAUAACAAAGAAGGCUGAGAGCUUAAAUGUUAGCAGAGAUGUUUCUGGGGAAGGAGUUCAGCAGGCACUACUGAAAAUGCUCGAAGGAACUAUUGUGAAUGUACCUGAAAAGGGACAAAGGAAGCAUCCUCGUGGUGAUAAUAUUCAGAUAGAUACAAAAGACAUUCUUUUUAUCUGUGGUGGCGCAUUCAUUGAUUUGGAGAAAACUAUUUCAGAGAGACGACAGGAUUCUUCUAUUGGUUUUGGAGCUCCAGUUCGCGCCAACAUGAGAACUGGUGGAGUAACUAAUGCAACUGUAGCAUCAUCCUUGCUAGAAUCUGUAGAAAGUAGUGAUUUCAUUUCAUACGGCCUCAUACCAGAGUUUAUUGGGCGCUUUCCUAUUUUGGUUAGUUUAUCUGCACUGACAGAGGACCAGCUUGUUCAGGUCCUCACUGAACCCAGAAAUGCUCUUUGCAAGCAAUAUAAAAAGCUAUUUAGCAUGAAUAAUACUAAGCUUCAUUUUACGGAGGGAGCAUUAAGGUUGAUUGCCAAGAAAGCGAUGGCUAAAAAUACUGGUGCUAGGGGAUUGAGAGCCAUACUUGAAAGCAUCUUAACUGAUGCUAUGUAUGAGAUUCCUGAUGUCAAAGCUGGAGAUGAUAGAGUAGAUGCUAUUGUGGUGGAUGAAGAGUCGGUAGGUGCAGUAAAUGCACCUGGAUGUGGUGGGAAGGUACUUCGUGGAGAUGGUGCUCUGCAACGGUAUCUUGCUCAGGCACAUUCGGUAGAUCAAAGAGAAAAUCAUGGCAUGGCCGAAACCGAGCUGCAGGAGGGUGAGUCGGAAGUCUCAUCUAGAGCAAUAAGCAUGUAAGAUUAUUAGAACCUCAGUUUUAGGAUGCAGCAUACAUGAUUUUUUUUCUUUAGAAUCAUUUGUUGUAAAAUGUAAAUUCAUAAUACAGGGCGUUUAUCCCCUUGUAAAACAACAAAGCAAUCUGCUUUCAGGAAAGUCAUAGAAAAUAGAAUAUGGUAUAAGGAAAAUGUAACCAUUCUAAUUUUUAGUCACCGGUGUACCAAUUUUUUAGCAAUGAGAAAACUUUGAUUCUUCAUAUUUCGCAGUGA